UUGACGUUGACGUCAGAGACGGCGACAUUAACUGUAGACGUAACGGAGCCGUAGAGGCAGCAGGGCGCUGGUUUUUCCUCGUUAGCUCUGAUGAAUGUGCUCUUUAUUCGUUGUACUAACACAGAAUACAUCAAUGUGAGGAUAUAAAACGUGUUGGGUGUUCUCAGAAACGUGGACUGCCUCCGAACUGUUUACAGCAUGUUGAACAUCCCGACCCAGGCGUUCCCUGCUCCGGGAUCCCAGCAGCGGGUCUCCCCGUCCGGACAGUCCGGGAGGAACAAGGUGGCCUUGAAGCCGGGACACAGUCUAAUGGACUGGAUCCGCUUCACCAAGAGUGGAAAGGACCUGACGGGGCUCAGAGGACGUCUGAUUGAAGUCACACAGGACGAGCUGCAGAAACACAGCACGAGAGAUGACUGCUGGACCUGCAUACGAGGGAUGGUAUACAAUGUGACCCCCUACAUGGACUACCACCCUGGAGGAGAAGAGGAGCUGAUGAAGGCAGCAGGAAGAGAUGGAACUGAACUUUUUGACCAGGUCCAUCGCUGGGUGAACUAUGAGUCCAUGUUAAAAGAGUGCCUGGUGGGCAGGAUGGCGACUAAGGUCACCACAGCCAUUCAAGCCAUCAGCCCUCCUCCACCGCCAACCAGCCUUGCUCCACCCACCUCAGUGGCUCCCCCCCCGGACAAAGACUCUCGUCCUCGGUACGACUGGUUCCAAACUGAAGUCACUGUUCAUCUGGUGGUCUAUGCUAAAAGAAAGAUCCCCAGCUCAGGCUGCACCACUAUUGACCUCGAGGCCGGCGUUCUACGAAUAGAGGUGCUAUUGGGGAAAAUGUCCUACAUGAUACAUUUACGUUUGGCUGAUGAAGUGGACGGUGACGUCUCUGUCCACAAUUCGUUAUCGGUGGGAAAAAUCCAGGUCACCAUACGCAAACAGACUAAAAGAAAAUGGACGAGUCUUGGUCAACCACUCCAAUUUCAUAACACAUUUCUGCGUAAAAAAGACAGAGCUCUGUACUAUCGGGGUUAUGUGUUGGUGUCAAAGACUGAAGUGAACCACAACACCUACGUGUUCAGAUUCAAACCUCCUCGUGGAACGGUCCUGCAUGUGCCGGUGGGACAACACGUCUACCUCAAAGCAAACAUUGAAGACACUGAGGUAGUGAGGCCGUACACCCCAGUGGAUCAGAGUCUGACAGCAUCGUCCAACAGCUCCUCACAGGACUCAGACCUCUACCUCAUGAUCAAAGUUUACCCCGAAGGGGCGCUAACACCACAUCUCGACGGCCUGAACUUCGGCGACCAUUUAUCUGUCAGUGGUCCUGAGGGAACCUUCAGUCUCCGCCCCCUCCGUGAUGUCACACAUCUGUACCUCGUAGCAGCAGGCACAGGGUUCACGCCCAUGGCUCGUCUCAUCCGAUUGGCCCUGCAGGAGUUUGACUCAAUCAGACAAACCAAGCUGCUGUUUUUUAACCGUGGAGAGGACGACAUCCUGUGGCGCUGUGAACUGAAUGAACUGUCUGCCAAUAAUGAAAGGUUUCAGGUGGAGUACGUCCUCUCCGAGCCCUCGGACAGCUGGACCGGUAGGCGUGGUCGGGUGGAUGAUUCCUUGCUGAAGGAUUUCCUCAUCAGACCAGAGAGCUCUAAAGUGUUUGUGUGUGUGUGCGGCCCCACCACCUUCACAGAGCUCACACUCAGGUUGUUGAAGCAGCAUGGCUUCAGUGAAGAAGAGCUGCAUGUGUUCCAGGGCUGACGAGAACUUCGGAUAAAGAAAUCCACCCUGCAAAGACUGUUAUUGAAGAGUACUGCCGCUAAAAGAAUCCAGCCUGCAAAGACUGUGUGCCCAAGAGUACUACCUCUAAAGGAAUCCACCCUGCAAAGACUGUUAUUGAAGAUUACUGCCUGUAAAGAAAUCCACGUAUAGACUGUUUGCUGAAGAGUACUGCCUUGAUAAGAAACUUGCCCUGCAAAGAGUGUGUGUGCCUGAGUGUGUGUGAGAGGGUCAGCUGUUAUUUACUGACCUGUGUUUGUGAGAAAUGAGCUGAUCUUUUUUAUUUCUAUGCACUGAGGAUCUGAUGAUGCUUACAGCAGAUACAACAUGAGCCAGUGUUUAAUCAUGGGCUGUGGGGAAAUGAAACUAGGUUUGCUUCAGUCUCCAGCACCCUAACCCUGCACACCAUCAGUUCACGUCUCAAACAGGCUCACAUUCUGACAGCAUUACAGAAAGAAUCAGACCCUUUUUGUGAAAGGCUAACAUCUUUUUUUUCCAAACUACAUUGACCAAAAAAGUAAUUUAUAUUCACAGAACACAAGAGUCUGUUGUCGUCAUGGUUCUUAGUAUUUUUGUGUUUUGCACAAAUGCUGUAGAGGAUCAUAAGUAAUUAUUUGAACCCCAUAGUCACACAAUAACCCACACAGACAGACAUUAAGGUCGAUGCAGAAUGGUGUGUGAUCUCUCUCUGCAGGGAUCCUUUCUGUAAUGUUGUCACACACCUGAGCCUGUCAGGGACAAAAACAUCUUUUAGUGGACACACUUUGAUCCAUCAACCAUUAUGUUGAAGCAAUCUUCUUUGUUAAUACAUGUUUUUUUGUUCUUAUUUUUCCUUCAGAUCCCAAAUUACUCUGCACUCUACAAGGCGGCCUUGUUAAUUAAAAUGGCUGAAACAACCUUUAUGGUCAGGAGGAGAGCAGGAAGUUGAGAUAUAGUAGAGCUGUGUUUUUAAAAAAUCUGUUACAUAUAUGAUACUGAGAUAAAUGAUGAGGUAUAUGCAACCCAAAAACAGAUUUCACAUUUCUGACAUGUAUGGAUGUUUCAGUUAAAUUAAAAAAACUAUGUGAACAUUUUCAA